AUGCAUCUCUGCGUCUCGCCCGCGCCGUCGAUCCCCGCCGCACGUGUCUUGAACUUCUUCGUGUAUGCACGUGUCUUGAACAUCUUCAUGUACGCACGUGUCUUGAACGUCUUCAUGUACGCACGUGUCUUGAACGUCUUCAUGUAUGCACGUGUCUUGAACAUCUUAAUGUACGCACGUGUCUUGAACGUCUUCAUGUAUGUACGUGUCUUGAACUUCUUCAUGUAUGCACGUGUCUUGAACUUCUUCAUGUACGCACGUGUCUUAAACUUCUGCAUCCAUGCAUCUCUGCGUCUCGCCCGCGCCGUCGAUCCCCGCCCAAGGUUCUCGGCGAUGGCAUCGAGGAGGGACCACAGGCAAGUGUUCGUCGCAUCCACCGUCGGCUUCCUGCGCACGUACGGCUUCGACGGACUCGACCUGGACUGGGAGUACCCGGCGCAAAGGGGCAGCCCAGCCGUGGACAAGCAGCGCUUCACGUCCCUGCUCAAGGAGCUGCGGUCCGCCUUCGACGAGGAGGAGGUGCUGGCCCAGGGUAGGCCGCGGCUGCUCCUCGCCGUGGCUGUGUCGCCCAUCGCGAGCAUAGUCGACGGCAGCUACGAGGUGGAGAAGAUUCACCAGUACCUGGAUUUCAUCAACGUCAUGUGCUACGACAUGCAGAACUGGAACGGAAAAACCAGUCACCACAGCCCCCUCUUCUCCUCCUCCCUGUACCCGGAGCAGACCACGACGGAGUCAGCCGUGAAGCUGUGGCUGGACAGGGGGGUGCCCCCCUCCAAGCUCGUGGUGGGGGUGCCCGCCUACGCCACGACGUUCACGCUGAGCGGAGCCGGAACGGCGCUCGGGGCGCCGUCCUCCGGACCAGGCGAGGCCGGCGCAUUCACGGGCACGGCGGGGACCCUCGCCUACUACGAGGUGGCCCCGCGCUCUCACGCCGUCAAUUUCAGUUUCAUUUAUUAG